AUGUCUGUGGAUGGGCAAAUUGCGGGCGGAACUGGUGGUAGUCCAUCUAGAGCCAAGCGUGCCCGAGAACCUGCAGGUGAUCGAGAAGCACUGGAUCAUGGGCGUCGAGCAUCAUCCCCUGGAGAGCGUCCCGUUAGUUCUCGAGAACUCCGAAGCAUGUUGCAAGAACACUUCACUACGCUCACCAGUAACUGGCAGGACGUUCAGAUUCGCUUGACGGCCGUUGAGAAAGACAACCACAAGGGCAGGGUUGACAAAGAGGCCAUCUUUGGUAGAAUUGCACAGAAUGAGAAGAGACAGGGUGAAAACAAUGCAAGAUUGGCGAAGUUGGAAAAGGAAGUGGUUGCUUUGCAGAGUAGUUCGUCGUUGGGUGGCAAUGUCGGUGAGGGCCCGGCUAUCCCUGAUCCGUGGAUGGCGUUCCGUAACAAGCAUGGGCCUCUUCCUCCUAAAGGUGCUCUGGGUGCUACAGUUCAUCCUGCCAAUGUUCCUCCUAACUUCAGCGGCUCUGAAGGGCGUGAUCCCCCUGUUCCUGGACGUGAAGAACUAAGCGAAGAAGAUCGUCGAACAUUGGUGCUUGGUGGGUGGCCGCAGGAUACCAAACGACAGGUCAUCUUGGAGGAGUCUGCGGCGUUCCUUGCCAGGGAGAAUGUGAAAGAGCUUGUGGAUGUUCAGGAGAUCACAGAGGAGAAGUUCACAUGGUUCCAUGUUGAGGCGACGGAAGAGGCAUCGUACGACAUUGAUUGGGCGAGUGGCACAGUAUGGGACUCCCUUGCCGUAGGCAACAACGUCCCGAUUGCAUCGUCUACUUUGCAGCCUUCUGGUGGAAAACGUUUCCUUCGCAAGAUGGCCUCUUGGAAUUUGGGUGGUCAGGCUCUGUCCAAGACAGACUUGGUCGCAAGCUCACUUGAUUUUCUCUGUGUCCAAGAAAUACCACGUGGUGAUACCGGAUGGGAUGAACAAAACACAGACAACUUUGUUUGGCUUUCACACCGAAGCCCAGCACAAUGGAGGGGAGUUGCCGUUGCUGUUUCGCAUGAUCUCUUUGACUGCGUUACUGAUCGGAAGGCCUGUGCGUUUGCUGCAGCCUGGGUGGUUCGUCUUCGCAGCUCGAAGCGCGUUGUCCUGGCCUCUAUUCACCUCCCAACAGGGGUGUCCAUGGCCAAGUACUAUGAAGCGGUUGUUGAAUGCAAAAACAUGCUCCGUGGGUGGCAUGAGAACAUACCAUACCUUGUCGGAGUUGAUUCCAAUGUUGAGCUCAUCUGGAAUCGGGCAGAGGUUCUUGACCGUGACGGGGUGAAUGUCUGCAAUGGAGGAGGUAAGACCGACAAGUUUCUGGAGAUGGUUUCCGCCCUCCGCCUGAGGAUGAUUGCGCCGGUCAUGGGUGACAGAUGGAAACCAACACAUUACCCGCGUGAUGAGUCCAGGGAAGGGAGGCACAUCGAUUGCCUUCUUGUGCGUUGCAUAUGCACCGGCGAAGUUGAAGUCGAUGAGGAUGUCAGGUUCAACAUCAACACAGACCAUGCCAUGCUCAAGAUGACAGUUGAAAUCCAGCAAAGCAAGGGUGGACGAUGGCAAGAUGGGCGACUGCGCUGGGUGUCUCAGCCUGACUCGCUAUUUGCACCUGAAACAUGGGACGAUGUCAAGAACAUGGCUGAGACCUGCACCUCCACUCGUAAGGCUGCUAAGUUUCGCGACGACCCCGAGACCCUCGCCUUGAUUGCCAGAGCCAAAGCCAGUUCGGGUGUUGAAGCAAAAAAUCUUUGGAAGUCUGUACACAAAGAGCGACGACAAAAACGACGUCAGUGGCAACAGAGCCGCAUUGGGGCGAUCCUUGCUGGAAGCUGGAGUGUCUAUCGUCAGAUGAAACGUGAGAAAGGGGUGCGCAACUGGUGGGGCUACCUUCUCGCUGACAAGUCUGCCAAGGAAGUUGGUGAGGACGUCAGCAAGCACCUUGAGACGAAAGUUUUCGAUGAUCAGCUUGAUUGGCAUACCGAGCUCUGUGGACGUGUUCGUGCACUUGACUGCCCGGACAACGACUUUGUGGCCAUUCAGCCUCUUGAAGUUGGUUGUGCGCUUAACCAAAUGCGAGCAAGUGCGUCGCUUGGGCCUGACAAGAUUGGGGUGGACCUUCUACGUUGUCUUCAUGCUCAUGCUCCUCAACAGCUUGCCAAGUUGUUCAAUGAAGUCCUAUAUUCGGGUGUUCUCCCGGACGAAUGGAAUACAUCCCUCCUCGCUCUUCUCCCUAAGACACGUUGGCCGAAGGGUGCGCAUGAACUUAGGCCCAUAGCUAUGUUGUCGGCAGCCAUGUCCAAGAUUGUGAUGGCCAGGUCCUUUGAAGACAUACGUCAACCUUCACCGUGGGCGUGUGCUGGCCGCAACCGUGGAUGUGCAGAUUUACAUGGUGCUUUUGGCCGACUUCGUGAUAUGACGCGCGAAUGGAGACUUGGGGUGGUAGCAGUCAAGCUUGACAUUCGUGCCGCUUUUGACACUGUUCAUCGCAGGGCCGUCGCUGACUUCCUUUGUGGCCUUGUUCGGAGUCCAUUUGAACUUCGUUUCAUGCUUCAACUCUUGGAUGUGAACCGACUUGUUGGUUGUGCUCCGGGCGGUGCUCCCUUAGAUGUCCGCAGCAAUCGCGGUAUUCGCCAGGGUAGCCCUGAAUCAGCUGAAAUCUUUGGGCUUAUGAUUGCACAUGUUGUCCAUCAGCUCAAGGGUGGAAAGACAUGGAAGAAGCCCGCCCAACCAGUGGAUGACAUGCCUGCCGACAUUGGGUGUUACCAAGAUGACAUCUUUGUCUGGGGUGAAAACCCACGCAAGAUUGCGUCCAACAUUGAAAUGAUCUCUGCCGAGCUGAAGAAGUUAGGUCUCUCCUUGGCGGCUGAGAAGACGGCGGUGAUCUGCUCUAAGUACUACAAGGGUGUUCGAUAUAUGUCAAUUGACGGAGUCCGCAUUGACUUUCUUCCCCCUGGAAGCUCUCUGCGUGUUCUAGGGCUCGACUUCGACUUGGAUGCAGCCGCCAACCAACAGGCCAAAGAAUUACAAUCCAGGGUGUGGACCGCUUUUCACUCCAAUAAACACAUACUUUGUGGCCCGGGGUCCAAGCAUGAGAAGGCACGUGUCAUGAGCAUGCUCAUUGAUGGGUGUUGGAGUUGGUGCGCCGGAGCUGUUCAUUGGGAGCAGGACGACUUGACGGCCAUGAACUCCUUACAGCUUCGUCUUCUUCGGCUCAUCUUUGGAUGUAAACGCCUUCCUGACGAGGAUUGGACUCGCUAUAAUGCCAGGAUGUUCGUCCGCAAGCUGGUGGACUACGCCAUCCUAGGUGCUUCAGAGCAGCGAACGUUGAGCGUUCUCUCGCCUCGGUGCUGGGUGUUGACUGGCAAACAACAAGUCUGUGCAGAGAAAGGUGGAAACAAUUGUUGCCCAAGUGGCUUGAAGCCAUGGACGUGUCAUGGUGUCGAGGGCGACAACUAUCACUUGGUUGUUAAGUUGUUCGUUCCCUUCGGCAUCGGUUGGUGA